AUGGAGUUUUCAACGUUCAGUUCAAUCACAGAUAGAAAGGGGGCCCACCGAGAGAGUGCACUUACUUCAGACUGCCCUAAUUACUCUCUCACUAUCCGUGACGGCAAAGUCGUUCUUGCUUCUUCUGAUCCAUCCGAUCCUUUUCAACACUGGUAUAAAGAUGAGAAGUACAGCACUAAAGUGAAGGAUGAAGAGGGGUUUCCAAGCUUUGCUCUGGUUAAUAAAGCUGCAGGACUGGCCAUGAAACACUCUAUUGGCGCCUCUCACCCUGUGCAGCUCAUCCCUUACGACCCUGAUGUUCUUGAUGCAUCAGUCUUGUGGACAGAGAGCAGGGACGUGAGUGAUGGUUAUCGAGCAGUUAGGAUGGUUAAUAACAUUCGCCUCAAUCUAGAUGCAUGGAAUGCUGAUAAAGAACAUGGAGGUGUCCGUGACGGGACCAUUGUUGCUCUCUGGGAAUGGUGGAAAGGAGACAACCGUAACCAACAUUGGAAGAUCGUUCCCUACUGAUAUGUUGGCUCGUGAAUGAUGACUGGAUGAGUUUAAAUAAUGGAGUUGAUGCUCGUUGUUUUUUCUUCUUUUUUUUGUGUGUGUGUCUUAUUACGUAUUUUGUAUUGUAUUCAAUGUCCCUCCAAGAAUGUAAAAGAAAUUGAAAACAAGGGAAUUACUAUGUAUUGUGUGGGAGGUGUCAUGGCUAUGGUAUGUAUGUGUUUUAACUUCUAUUUUUGAUUUGGCGUUAUACCAAAUUGAAGCUUGGUAGUUUGUGCCUA